AUGGCCAGCAAUCAGGUGAAAGCCUGCUAUGACUUUGACGCCCAGCCGGGCAGUGGUGAGUUAACCAUCAAGGAAGGUGAACUUCUCACAGUGAUAAGAGAUGUAAGUCGUUUUAUUUUACGUGAUUUUCUCUGUCCUUGAACUUGUCCUACUGUAAAUUUGCAGGGUAUUGAUGGUGGCUGGAUGGAAGGGAAGAAUGCCAAAGGGAAGGUCGGUCUCUUCCCUGAGUCUUAUGUUACUCGAAUUGCUUCCACGGUAAGUUGAUUUACUUCAUCGUCUUCCAAAAAAACUUAAUUCAACUUGGUCUAAACGAGAGUCCGAAGAGUUACGGUCAUCCCCCAGCAACCCUUUCCAUCUUCUACUUAGACUCAUCUGGUCUUGCCUUUCGCAACUAUUUUGUGGUUAUUUAUCCUGCUAUAACAUCAGGAUUAUGUUGUUUUCUUCUGGGAUUCGCAAAGCUGUAAAUGACAAGAGUUUACAAGAGAAGAGAGCUCAGCUAAGAAGACGACACACGUGUCUGACCUUCGAUCCCUCCAUUCUUCCGGGCAGUUCUAAUUCUGAACCUAAAUUAUCUGCUCCCAGAAGAUCGCCGUUGUUGAAUUCUAUUCAAGAAUCAGAAGUUAUAGAGAGGCCCAUGUCUUCUUGUGUUCGAAUCUCUCUUUCUCCCUAUGAUAGUCCCAUCAAAAAGGCAAAUAAAAUCGGGAGUUUUCAGUAUCAAUUAUAUUCUGGUUUCAGAUUUCGUUGCCACCUCAGGCAGCACCUCCAGCUCUUCCAUCGCAAGAUUUUAAGCCCUCCUAUUCUCAACCACCGGUCGUUCCGACGACUGCCAAGCCCCUUCUGCCUCCGGUGAUUGGCGGAGCCUCCACGGCGUUCGAUCCCUGGGCCGACGAAGUUCGUAAGUUUUGAUUUCUUAUUGUAAUAUCCCAAUCUAGCUCCUGCCCCAGUCCUUGCCGCCUCUCAUCCGGUUCCCACUGGGCCUUCGAAUUCGGUCCCGCCUUCCACUUAUCCCACUUUACCUCAUGUGCCCUCAGGAAAUCAAUUGGAAGAUGAUUUCGACGAUGAAUGGACAGAAGACGACGAAGAGAAUGCGGUUCGUUUAGAAAAAAUUAAAUUCCAAAGCAUGCCUUCUGAAUCCGGCCGGAUUCGGAGCCAAUUCCGGGGUUAGAUUUACUGAGUAAUGGGAGUAAGAUGGCUCUGGAAGGGAAGAUAUGGGGUUUUCGCAUUCUUUUCCUUUUAUUGGAUGCCAGAUUUUGAUUCGGCGACUCUGGAGGUCUAUUUUGGCUGCAUUUCUUAUUCUUUGUCAUCAUGUUAUUCGCUCGCCCUCGGUCUUCCAGCCAUUGUGAGCCGAGCCGAUUGUCCCAAUCCAAAUCUUUUUAUGUCCGCAGGGUGUCUUUCAAAGUGAUAGGUCAUCUGGUUUCGGCUCCCACCUCCACCUCCCAAUCAAUUCUUCUUCUUAAGGGUGGCAGAUCUGGCUCUGCUCAUGAGCAUCGGAACUUGGGAACCGAAUUCUCGGCUACCACCAAUGGAAGAUCAAGAAACACUUCGGGAUCUAAGACUGAUCUGAGUGUGACUGAAGAUGACACCGUUAGCCAAGCCGGGAAUGAAAAGGAGAAAGUGGGAGAGUCCUUAUCUUCCAAGUCUGGCCAUGAGAGUCGCGAGGACAAAAAGGUUAUUUGAGUGGAGUAUUAUAGUAGCUGUAGUCUGGUCUGUUGUUGUUGGUGGUCAAAUUGUCAUUUACAAUUACAUUUUAAUUGAAUUUGUAAGCAAAAUGUUUUAGGAUCCUACUUCCCAAAGAGCCGUGGCCAGAAGUCGAUCAGCUGGGCCAGAUUCCGUGUCCUUAUCCUCCCGACAAGGCGGUGGAGGGGCUGCAAGAAUGAAGAAUAUCAAUCGAUUCUCCAAUUUUGUGAAGACUGGGAUGGAAGCAUUCAUUUUGAAUACCAGUAAAAUGAGUCAACAACCCUCGCAGACUUUCGAAGUUACUGUAAGUCUGAUAUUACUGUAGAUUUUAUUCCUCUUACAGAUCUCCGAUGGCCAUAUUAGAUGGGCCCCGGCUCGACAGAACUACCAAUGCACUGUAGACAAACCAAAGAAAGAAUCCAAGUUGAAGGGACUGAAAAGUUUUAUCGCGUACAGUAUGACGUCAUCACUGACCAAUAUCCAGGUUUCCCGAAGGUACAAACAUUUUGACUGGCUUCAUGAACAACUAACCAACAAGUUCCUCCUUAUUCCUUCUCCUCCAUUGCCAGAGAAACAAGUGGCCGGAAGAUAUGAGGAAGAUCUGAUCGAACAUCGGAAGGUUAUUCUCCAAUUGUGGGUGAAUAAGAUCUGCCGACAUCCGGUACUCGGUCAGGCAGAAGUGUGGAUGCAUUUCAUGAAUUGCACUGAUGAAAAGAAGUGGAAGGCCGGAAAGAGACAGGCGGAGAAGGAUGAAUAUGUUGGUGGGAACUUCUUCCAUUGCGUCCGAGUUCCCGACAAACCAUUGGACAUCAACAAGGUGUAAGUGGAACAUCUGUUAUUGUAAUUCAAGUUUAUUUUCACAUUUAAGAAUAUUACUUUGCAGUGAGAAUCAGGUGGAAACAUUUGCUCGAUGUUGCCGAAGUUUGGACGAGAGUGUCAAGGUUUUGUAUGAACGAAUAAAUGAGAGUCAGAAGAGGUUGACUGGUCCCUACAAGUCCAAUUGGCAGAAGAGUGCCGCCGCUUUUGAAGCGCUCGGACAAUCUUUUGAACUGGAUCAGACUUGUGGUAUGAUUGUAGUUUGUGAGGCAUAUUACGGGAUUUGUAGGAACUCAAGUGACUUCGGCCAUUAGAGAAAGUGCCGCUGUAAUGCACAAGAUUGGUGUUCAACAUGAAGAACAUGGGAAAAAGGAUAUGGAACAGCUCUUGGACUGGCUGUAUACCUACAAGGGACUCCUCGCUAACAUUCCAGACAUCCUUAACGUACAUAAGGUAACAUAUUGUCCAUUUUAUUCAAAUGUUGAUGGUUUAUAUUUUGUUAUCCUUAUGUACUCUAUUAUACUUAUUUUUUUCAGUCAGCGCUGGCCAAGUUGAAGGACAACGAACGGCUACAAGCAGAGAAUAAAUUAUCUCCACAGGAUUCGGAAGCCAUUCGACAACGUGUGGAUGUGGUCUCCUACUCUCUGCUGGCAGAAAUAACUCAAUUAAACGAGGAACGGAACGAUGACUUCAGAUCCAUGCUGGGUCUCUUCUUCGAACAACAGGCCUCCUUCUACAAUUCCAUGGGCCAACAGUUCUCCGAGCUGGCCAAACGAUUCAAAACCGCCCACAACUGA